AUGUAUACAAAUAAAAAGUUAUCUUUUAUUUUAUUAUUUUUAAUUUGUUUUAAUAAUUUUCAUAAUGUGUUUUGUGGUGGUGGUGAUGAUAGUAACGUCUUGUCUUAUCUGGAUAGUACAGAUUCAGAAAAGAAAUGGGAGACUGAUGAAAAUGGAUUCAAAUAUUUGCAAGCAUAUACAGAUUCAAAUAAAUGCUAUACUCUAAGUUUUAAUGCUUACCAUUCACUUGUUUCCAAAGCAACUAGAAUCGAAAUGGAAAAUACAACUAUCAUAGAUUGGAACACUCGCAGAGCAUACCAAUGGCCAGGGAUAGAGCUUUCAAUGGAUAUGUCAAAUAAUGAAUAUUAUAAACCAAAUGAACAAGAAAUAGCCUUAUACUCGCAAUAUAAUGACUUUGACAAUGAAGACUUCCUCCUCAAAGAUAUAAUAUCAAGAGAGUUUAUUACAAAUAUAAACUUUACUACCGGAAUUGAUUUGAUAAAUGGUAUAGUUUGCAAAAAAGUUAUUGGGUAUUGUUCAAGAGAAACAAUAUAUACAAAUCUAACCUGUUCUAGAGAAUGUUAUAUUAACCAAAUUGAUAUGGAUGGUAACCUAGAAUUUAAAAAUGUAACAAGAGAUGUUAUUAAUUUGGGAAAUGUUACAGACCAAAGAGCUUUAAACAACUAUUAUGAUGAUCUAGUUGAAAUAGACCAAAAAAGUAUUAAGAAAUUUUUUAUAAAUAGCAGUGAAUGGUUAACUUUAUUAUUCUUCGUAAGCUCAGAUGAAAAAUAUGCAAAGUGGGUAGAAAUUGGAGUAACCAAAGAUGAUGAAAAAAUCAACAAUAAUAUAGUAGUCUCAAGCUAUGAAAAAUUAGAUAUAAAUCCCGCUACUUAUUUUAAUACUCCAUUUAUUUUUAACCCUGGUAACUAUUGUCAAGAAUUAGUUCCAUCAAUUAGAUCUCAAGUUUUAGAUUUUUCAAAACAACUAUCUAGUGCAGAAACUCCUCAAUUCCCAUUUUUGAAUUUCAACGGGUCAUUUGAUUUUUUCCUUACCGAUGAAGAUUCUGAUGAACUAGAAUGGGGUUUCGAUUCAUCAAGUGGUUUCGAAUAUAUUGUCAAAGACAACUCAAUUAUUACAACAAUUAACCAUAGAGACUACAACUCAUUCCAAGCCGAUUUAAAUACCGGUAAUUGCAAAGAUAUAGUUACACCUGCUAAUAGAACAAGAAGCCUUUAUGUUAAUCAAGAUUUACAAAAAAUUUUUAUGCCAUCAUUAUUUAAUGAAAACCUCAACUGGACUUUUUCAAAUAAAACUUUAUACCGUGGAAUCAAUGUAGAAAAAUGGUCGUCCUCGAUUGGAAGUAUUUAUUUUGCACAAAAUGGCUGGGGUUUCCCAGGGCGUACAUUUAACUAUAAACCUGACCAAUCAUUGCUAAUUCCUGUUGGAAUUAAACUUUUUAGUCUUUCAAAUGACUUCAUUCCAAUUUAUUUAUUUUCUUUUGUUACAAAAUCAGAAAAACAUGAACUAUUUGAUUUUAACAUUAAAAAAUGCUUCCCAACUCUUCCACCUUUCUAUACAACAAUGGUUUCAAUAAACUCAAAUAUAAAUGGAGUAACCCUACAAUACAACGAAACCUAUACAAUGGACAUGGAUAGAAAUAAUGUAUUAGUUUCAGAAAGUAAAUAUGGUGGUGACUAUCAAUAUCUAUACUCAUGGAACCCCCAUAUUUUCAUUUCAGCCAAUAACGACUCUUGCCAAAAGUUUCAAAAUCCCAAAAAUCUAACUUUAUUAAAUGAUGUUUCCACUAUCUUGGAUAGUAUUGGUUUUGUCAAAAGUGUCUCAUUUUUCUAUACCCAGUUAAGAGUUGAAAAGGAGGUUAGCCAAAGCUAUAUUGGUAAAGUAAAUCACAGAGGUAGAGAUAUUCACCAAUGGAGAAUAAAAUCGGGAACCAAGCAAAUGUCAAACCCUUUUUUUAACAAAAAUGGAUAUAACACCAAUUUAACUGCAGAUCUUUAUUAUGAACUAUUCCCAUCAAAACUCAACAACUUAACCUUUACUAUGACCCCAUCAACUGUAGUUCUUAACUUUACUUUUACUUCAAAUAAUUCAAUACCAAUUAAUAAUGUAAUAACUAUAGACUAUAUUCUUUUCAAUACCCUUCAGGGCAUAUAUGAAAUAUCUUUCAGAAAUACAUAUAAUUGUAAUGAUAAAAAAAAUCCAUCCUUUAAUUGCACCAAAGAUUAUCAAAAGAUUGAAAGAAACUCUACAUCACUUAUUCCUGAAAAAUUCCAUUCUAUAAUAGAGUUUAGAAACCAAUUUUCAAAUGUAUCAAUACCCCCCUUUAUACUUCAAUGGGAUCACAAUGGUCAAUAUAAAAAUGAUAUCAUCUCAUCAUUCAAUUUUCAAACCAAAAGAACUCAAUAUAUACUAAACAAUCAAUCAAACAUCAAACAUUUUAACAAUGAUUCAAUACCACCAAACGAAACAAAUUAUAAAGAAUCACAAAUUUUUAAAUUUUUAAUUGGUUUGGAUAAAAACAAUAAUAGCUACAAUUUAAAUUACAAUAAAAAAGAUCAAAUCAGUUAUAAGGGUGUUCCAGUGGACGUUGCAUCAUACACAAUAUCAAACAAUCAAACAUUAGAAAUAUAUUAUUACCCUAAAGAUUGGGAUGUUAGAAGUUUUUCAAUUUUAAAUAACAACGAAAAAGUUCCAAUGUCUAUUUCUUUCUAUGAAAAAAAUGAACUAAAAGAGCAUUUAGAUUUUAUUAUUUUUGGUAACCUUAAACAAUUAAUUAAUAAAAAUGAUACAAGCUCGAGUCAAAGUAAAAAUGAAAAAGAUGCAAAAAACAGCAACAGUGGUUCAAAAAAAGACAAAAGUUUAUCAGUUGGAGGAAUUGUUGGAAUUAUAGUUGCAUCUGUUGUAAUAGUAUCGGUUUUAGUUGGGCUAUCGGUAUUUUAUGUCUAUCGUAGAAAACACAGAAGAAACAACUCAAAUGAAGGUAAAGCAGUAUUAUUAGAAGAUAGAGUAUUGAGUGACUCUUCGAAUACUAUAAACUCACCAAACAAUAAUGCAAUAAUUUAA